AUCACGCAUUUUCUCUGAUACCAAUCCAAACAUUCUCUCUCAAAAAAAAUUCUUCCAUCUCCUACUAGCUAUCCACCAUCCGGAGCCUCUCUCUUUCGCAUCAUCUUCUUGGGUUACUCUUCCAUCUAUGUAGUUAAUUUUUCCAGCAAAUUAAUGUCUCCCCACCUGCAUGUUUUCAGCUUUGAGCAUUAAAAAGUCAGCUAAAAGCGAAGAUCGUUAUUUGGCAUCCUCUUCUUACGUUACGUACUCUUCCAUCUUUGUAGUUAAUUUCCAGCAAAUUUGUCCACCCUCGCGCUCCUCAGUUUUGAGCAUUGACAAGGUACGCUAGUCGUAAUACCCAGCUAUAGAUAUAGCUACCUACAUUAUUUUUACUCAAAAGUCAUUUUACCGGAUUUUUUCUUUGGCCUUUUUCCAUCUUUUCGUGGAUAUAUAUGUAAUUAAGUAUAACUUCAAAUCGUUACUUCAUUGUGUGUGUGUCUGUGUUUUUUCUUCAUUUUACGUUGAAUAAUCACUAUACACAUAU